GCGGUGGCAGCGACAGCGUGGAGUUCGCGUCUGAGCGCCACGUGGACGACGACCUCGUGCGCGCUCGCAGGGAGAGCUUGCAGCCGCCGAGUCCGAGUCCGCCGCCGCCGCGUCAGAGGAGGAUGAGGAGAAAGUCGCGGCAGUGGGCAUCAGAUGAGGAAUCUCAGUGGGACGGUGGCGAGCUCGGUCCUGCCCUCGAGCCUGCAGGCGGCGAUGCUCGUCGCUACGUCUCGCCGCCGCCCGAUCGCCAGCCGAGCUUCUCGCCGCCGCCCGAUCGCCAGCCGAGCUUCUCGCCGCCGCCCGAUCGCCAGCCGAGCUGCUCGCCGCUGUCCAACGAGUUCGUCGGCGACGCCGCCGAGAGGGUCGACGAAGAUAUGCCGCCCGCAGUGGGCGACGCGCCGUCUGAUGUGGGCGACGCAGCGCUUGCGGAGGGCGGCGAGGGCACGCACCACAAGAAGCGCGGCAACGGCAAGGGCAAGGGCAAGAAGAAGUCGAAGCGCCGCAAGGUCGGCGAGUCGGGCGGGGCCGCCGCGGUGGCCGAGCCUGCCGCUAAGCCGAUGCGGCAGAAGAAGAAGCGCAGGGCUGGCACGGUGGCGGCGCCAUCAGCACCUGAGGCGGCGCCAGCAGCACCUGAGGCGGCGCCAGCAGCACCGUCGUGGCGGACGAGGCAGCUUGAGGCUGACCAGGAGGCGGCGCCAGCAUCACCUGAUUCAGACGAGCAUCCGUUGAUCAGCGUGCCGCCUGCGAAGAAGGUACUGCCCUCGGCUGCACCAAGCUUCCCUGCAUGUAGCGAGGUCGGGUCAGAGGCGGAGCCGCGCGCCUCGCCGAGGCAUGGCCUGCAGCAGAACGCCUACGCCGCCUCGGAGCCGAUGGCCACGAACGAGAAGCUCCAGCAGGGGUCCGCCGAGUUGCUCGGCUGCGUCGAGUGGCCCGAAGACGCCUGCAGGCCAGAUCCGAGCUCCGAGGACUGCGCUGGGGCAGUAUGA